AAGCAGCAGCGCGGCGGCGGCGGCGGGGCUCUGCCUCUCAGGCGCCCAGCGCAGGCCGCAGAGCCGGGGCCGCCGAGAGCCAGGACCGCGGGCCGCGGAGCCCGGGCGGCCGGCGCGGAGGUGAGAAAACAGCAAAGCCCAGGGCAGCAAGGAAGUGAGACUGAGGUGUUGAAAGCUGGUUGAAACUGCUGGUGAAAAUGGUGGAGACAGUAGGGAGAAAAAAGAUGACUCAGCUCUUGAAGUCUUCUAGGAAAGUAGGAAUUUGUUCCUGUUGAAGAGUGGCUCCUCUUCUAAUUUCCAGACUCCUCGAGAUUUUACGAGUCUGGGUGAAAUUCUCUACCUCUAAGGAGAUACAGUACCUACUCCUUCCUCAAGGGCAAGCCCUCCAUUGCUAUGGAUACCGAAUCCACUUAUUCUGGAUAUUCUUACUAUUCAAGUCAUUCGAAAAAGUCUCACAGACAAGGGGAGAGAACUAGAGAGAGACACAAAUCACCCCGGAGUAAAGAUGGCAGAGGGUCAGAAAAGUCUGUCACCAUUCAAGCUCCCACUGGAGAGCCCCUGUUGGCAAAUGAUUCUACUCGGACAGAGGAAGUUCAGGAUGACAACUGGGGAGAGACCACCACAGCCAUCACAGGCACCUCGGAGCACAGCAUAUCCCAAGAGGACAUUGCCAGGAUCAGCAAGGACAUGGAGGACAGCGUGGGGCUGGAUUGCAAACGCUACCUGGGCCUCACCAUCGCCUCCUUUCUUGGACUUCUGGUUUUCCUCACCCCUAUCGCCUUCAUCCUGCUACCUCCGAUCCUGUGGAGGGAUGAGCUGGAGCCUUGUGGCACAAUUUGUGAGGGGCUCUUUAUCUCUGUGGCAUUCAAACUCCUCAUUCUGCUUAUAGGGACCUGGGCACUUUUUUUCCGCAAGCGGAGAGCUGACAUGCCACGGGUGUUUGUGUUUCGUGCCCUUUUGCUGGUCCUCAUCUUUCUCUUUGUGGUUUCCUAUUGGCUUUUUUACGGGGUCCGCAUUUUGGACUCUCGGGACCGUAAUUACCAGGGCAUUGUGCAAUAUGCAGUCUCCCUCGUGGAUGCCCUCCUCUUCAUCCAUUACCUGGCCAUCGUCCUGCUGGAGCUCAGGCAGCUGCAGCCCAUGUUCACGCUGCAGGUAGUCCGCUCCACCGACGGCGAGUCCCGCUUCUACAGCCUGGGACACCUGAGUAUCCAGCGAGCAGCAUUGGUGGUCCUAGAGAAUUACUACAAAGAUUUCACCAUCUCUAACCCGAACCUCCUAACAGCCUCCAAAUUCCGAGCAGCCAAACACAUGGCCGGGCUGAAAGUCUACAAUGUAGAUGGCCCCAGUAACAAUGCCACUGGCCAGUCCCGGGCCAUGAUCGCUGCCGCUGCUCGGCGCAGGGACUCCAGCCACAAUGAGUUGUAUUAUGAAGAGGCGGAACAUGAACGGCGAGUAAAGAAGCGGAAAGCCAGGCUGGUGGUUGCAGUGGAAGAGGCCUUCAUCCACAUUCAGCGUCUCCAGGCCGAGGAGCAGCAGAAAGCCCCAGGGGAGGUGAUGGACCCUAGGGAGGCCGCCCAGGCCAUUUUCCCCUCCAUGGCCAGGGCGCUCCAGAAGUACCUGCGCACCACCCGGCAGCAGCACUACCACAGCAUGGAGAGCAUCCUGCAGCACCUGGCCUUCUGCAUCACCAACGGCAUGACCCCCAAGGCCUUCCUAGAACGGUACCUCAGUGCGGGCCCCACCGUGCAGUAUGACAAGGACCGCUGGCUGUCUACACAGUGGAGGCUUGUCAGUGACGAGGCUGUGACUAAUGGAUUACGGGAUGGAAUUGUGUUCAUCCUUAAGUGCUUGGACUUCAGCCUCGUAGUCAAUGUGAAGAAAAUUCCAUUCAUCGUACUCUCUGAAGAGUUCAUAGACCCCAAAUCUCACAAAUUUGUCCUUCGCUUACAGUCUGAGACAUCAGUUUAAAAGUUCUAUAUUUGUGGCUUUAUUAAAAAAAAAAGAAGAAGAAAAAUAUAUAGAGAGAUAUAUAUCUAUCCCAGAGGGGUGUCUUUUUUUUUUUUAUAUUCUUCUUCAUUACUGACUGAAACUGGCAGAUGAUAGACCAGUAUCCUUUGACCAUCUGCACUUUAUUUGGAAGGAAGCAGGGACUGUGCACCCUGAAAAAAAGUGACUGAUGACACCUGACUUUUGUCGAUAGGACUUCUCAAGAAGCUGUUCCCUGGAGUUUCUGUUACAGCUGUAAACCAAAGUGGAGCUGGUGCAUUCUUGGGAGCCUCGCCUUACAACUCCUUCCUGCCUCUCGUCCAGUACCACGUCCCCCCUGCUUCCGGUCAGCCCACUUGUAGACUUCCAGGGGACACUCCUUUAUUCUGUUUCAGGAAACCAGUCACGACACGUCCACACAUGUAUUUGUGUAUGUUAAUGUUCAGCAUCACAUCACCCACGAGAGUCGUGGGCGGUUCAGGAGAUACCUGCCUUCGUCUUUGUUCUUCGUUGCCUUAGGUUCUUCAGAGAAAGAUCACAACAAAAAAUGUGCACUGUUGUUUACAGCUAUUAAGUGAUUUGAUUUUGUCUUUUUUUCCCAAAGAGAAAACUUACUGGCCCUGUUUCUGAUCCCACCCCUCUACUGGCUUGAAGCAGGUAGCCCUUCCCAGGCCCUGCAGCUGUCCACCUGGCCUCCAUGCCAUCAUACCUCCACCUCGCUGGCAGCGCUGGCUCUCCAUGUGUGCCCUCAGGCUCUUUGUGCAGCCUCAAGUCGGUCCCAGGAUUGCUUCCAUAGGGAAGUGUGGGGUGCCCAGCAGGUAAAGCACAGGGAGAGCAGGCAGUGGGAAUGCCCCCUUUAGGCUGUAGCAGGAGCCCCGCCCUGCCCAGUUUUCCUCCCCACUACUCCACACCAACCAGGGGAGACUAACACUGUGACCCUGGGAUUGGCAGGUGCGACUUGGAACCACUUGAUUUCCUGGAGUAAUAAGUUCUCCCGAAGCUCAUAGCAAGCUGUCCUGCCCAGGGACACCAAACCAUGCCAGCCGUGCUAGCAACUGCUGCUGUCCAGCCCCUGUGUUUCUGACCACCGUCACUGUGCAGCUCAUCGCCUCGGCCACUUAGGACCGGGAAAGAGGCUAGUUUUGUUCCCACUUUUAGCUACUGAUAAAGUGAGGAGAAGGAAAAUGGACACUCUGCGGAGUUUGGGGAAGGGAGAGUAGGGAGCCCAUCUUCUUGUCCAGAAAGAUUCAUCUGUGAGCUGUCUCUCCCUCUAUCUUUUUUUUUUAGAUGGAGUCUCCCUCUGUCACCCAGGCUAGAGUGCAGUGGCGCAAUGUUGGCUCACUGCAACCUCUGCCUCCCGGGUUCAAGCGAUUCUCCUACCUCAGCUUCCUGAAUAGCUGGGAUGACAGGCAUGUGCUGAUUUCAGUAGCUUUCCCCUGGCCCUGGGAGAGCAGACACUGCUUGGGUUGUGGGUAGAGGAGCCUUCCUGGUGGACCCCUGCUGCAAGGAGCUUCUUCAGGAGCCCCAUCCGGACCUCUUGCACUGGGCUGCCUUUGCCCCCACUUGCCUUCCUGUAUCUGCAACAAACCUUUUAAGUGUUCACGCUUGCUUUUCCCAGUAUUUCAGGCAAUUGGCCACCUUGCUGUAGUACAGGAUGACACUGUCCAAUGCUCUUUACCCCCUGCUUCAUGCACUCUACAAGUGGUACAGUAUUUUGUGUCAUUGUAAAAAUCAAAAUUGGCUUUGGAUCUCUGUAAUACACCUGUACCUGAAAAAGUAAACAACAUUCUUCAAUCACCAGCCUUCAGCUUGGGAAAAGACAUGCUAGAGAAGAAGGAAGGGGGAGCCCAUAGGUGUGGCAUGAAGCCAAGAUGUGCUAUUCAACUAUGUGGUUCUGUUUAUAAAAAAACACAUACCAUGUAACCAUGGUGCUUUUGUUCUUAGUUUUUGCCUUUAGGUCCCUUUAAACUGGAAGUUCCUAAUAAUGUCUUUCUCAGGAAAUAUUCUGGGAGAUGGGGUAAGGGAUAGCAAGUGUGAGAUGGGCUAUGUCGGAGGUUGCUAUGUCAUAGAUACAGUGCAGUUCAAAGUGCCAUAUGUGUAUAUACAUGUAGUUAAUAAUGACACUGUUUAUCACCAUUCUAAAAUACUGUUCUUCUAACGCUAUCUUAAGUGACCAGUCCAGAAGGGGUUAAGCUGCAUUCAUUUGCUCUGGCAUGUGCAUUCCCAGCAGGGUGAGGAAAGGUCUAAAUUACAACACUUAUUUUCUCUCUCCCCCUUCCUCUCUCUCCCAGUCUUUGCAUAGGAGAAUGUCAGACUUUCAAGAAUUACUGUUUGUUUUAAAUUGAGUAUUGAUUUUUUACAUUGACUUUGUAUUGAGUUCUUUUUGAAAGAAUAACAAAGUAAAAUGCAGGAUCUUUGUAAAGCCUUUGCACUUUCAACCUCUUAAUAGCUUGAGUUACUGGCGCAGCGGGAACAAUGUAAAUGACAUUCAAACGAUUGAAGAUUUCAGAAAGCUGCAUCCCACAAUUGAACACAAUGCAUUUUUAUUUCAAUUCUUGGAACCAGUAGGCUAUUCUUUUUAAAAGGGGGUGAACUCUGCCCUAAGACUAGUAGAGCAUAUGUUCAUAUUAUAGGAGACAGGAUUUCAUUUGCCUUAAAUGUUUAUAGAUUUUUUUAAAUGAUUUUCAACCUAAGUUAUUAAAAUUAGAGCACUGAGUGUUAAAGAACUUAAUGAGGAGUAUAUGUCUGAGAUCGCUGUCUUCCCUGGCGAUGUUUUCACUGGUAGAUAACUUGUUCUUAAAUGUGUACGUUUGAAGAUAGAACAAUUUUUAUUGUCCAUGAAUCAGAUGUUAAAAAGUUCCGUAUGCAUCCUCAGAGGGGAUUUUAAAGCUAUAUGGUUCAUCCAUCCUUUGCGUUAUCAAAAUGUUAAGUCAAAUGCAUAAUACUUUGGCUAAAGUGCGUAAAGUAAGCCCUAGAGAAAAUACUUGAGCACCAAUUUUUCCCCAACUUCAUCACCUCCCUCCCUUGCCCCUCCCACAUGGCUCUGCUCUUCCCUUUUGACAUCUACAUAGAGGACAAGUUUUUCACAACAAAUGGUAAGAGGCAGGUGACCUGGUAUGUUUGCUGUGUGUGGUUCAUUGCCUGGGGCUUGGGACUCCUUUUUUAAUGGAGAGACUGGCUGUGCAGGUGUGUGUUGGACAGGGCUGAAGUGCUCACCCCUCCCCUCUCUACAGUAGGAGGUAGUAGUUGAUUUCUCUCAUUUUGCCUCUCAUAAUCACUUUGGAGUGCACGUAUUUACCUAAGGGCUAUAGUUUUGUGGGAUGCUACCAGCAUAUUGGACUGACAGAAAUUGAUUACCUUGCCACUCCAACCCAGGUACUGAGUGAGUGUUCCAGCCACUCAGUGAAACCAACAAAAGUCAGUCCUUGGUUUACCUUCCAAUCUGGGCCCUGCUGUGUAAGUCUCCCUAAGUGGGGAUGCAUAUUUGUUUGUGCAUUUUUGUUUCCAUAUAUGUGAGCAUUUCUCGAGUGUAUUACCAGAUGGAUAGCACAUUUGUAUGUCAGACUCUUAACAUCUGUGUUAUCUGUAGCAGAUAGGUGUGUAGCUCGGCAGAUAUGUGUGAAAUGUGUAUAUAGCUGAGUGUGUGAGGGUGUGUUUCUGCAGUCCCCUGUGUUUAAGAGAUUACCUAAUAACCCUGUGUUUUGAGAGGUCACUCUAAAACCAGUAACUUCUCCCUCCCCUGCUUGAUUCCUUUCCCUCACUGACACUGUCUCCUCCCCUGAGUGAAUGGCUUUAGCACAGCACAGUCUUCUGUUGAGCCCGCUGUCCUGCAGGCAAGUCCAUUAGACUCUAUCUUGCUUUCGGACUGUCCUGCAGGCAAGUCCAUUAGACUCUUUCUUGCUUUAAGACUGCAAAAUGCAAGAAACAAAGAAAGGUCAAGCUCUAUGAGAAUUACUGCCCGAACUUCACUACCCUGGAAGCCUUACUAGAUAUUUCUUAAUGUAACUUACAAGUUGGGCUUUAUUUUUAAAAAGUGAUAGGUUACUAAAGCCACACAGAAAUGUUACCAUAUUUAUUUAAAUAGUCCUGCAGCAGAGACCCUGACUGUAAAGUGAUUUAACUAUUUCUGGGUAGUGUUUGUGCUUUAUGGAUCUGUUACCACAAAACAAACAAAAUCACUACUGUGAAUUUACUACUAUGUAACCUUGUGGUCGUAUUUUAUUAUAAAUAAAAUAUGAAUUGCUCUUCUGCCCACCGUGCUUGAUUGGUAUUCAGUGCAGUAGUCAAAAGAGAUAGUUUAGACACUGUUAAAAUAACUGCAUUGAGCUUUAACCAAAUAUAUGCUCUGAAAAUUCUAUUUUGGAUCACAUUUUGACAAGACAUGUUUGUCAAAGAAAGGAAAGGCUGCUAACACAUUUAUCAGGUAUUGUGUAUCACAGCCCGUGUUCCACCCAGCCUUGUUAGCCCCACAUUCUUUCAAGAUAGGAGUUAUCUUAGUUUUUCAGGUGAGAAAAGGAAGAUCAGAGAGGAAGGGGUUUGCCCAAGGUCUCAUGGCUGGUUAACAGAAUUUCAAACUAGAUAUUUGAUUCUAACCCCUCAGUCUUCUGUACCGUAAGGUAUGGUCUAAAUUAUUUCGCACUUUCAGAUGCUGAGGAAGGACCUAGAGACACGUCCUGGGGUGGAAGGCAGGAUCUCCUCUUUCGCUUUGGAUUUACACCUUGUCCUUUGGGAAGCUUCUCCACUAUGCUGCAAAUAUCUUGGCAUAUUUGAUGGAAAGAACUUGAGAAUCCCCCUUCCUUCUGGAAAACCCAGCCCUGCCAAUGUUGCACCUGCCUCAAGACAGGGAUGCUGCUGUUCCUUCAGCCCCCGCUUUGCUUUUGCCGGGCCCCACCUGCUGCUCCCACUCUGCUGGCUUGGGCCAGAUGCGUGCCUUGGGCCUUGGGUACAGGGGGGCAGGCAAAGGCUUGGCCUGGCCUCUCUCUGGUGACAUGGCAACAUUAUGCCCCAACCUUCUUCCCUGGUUAGAGUGAGAGGGGCUGCCCACAGCCCCAUCCUGGGGGGAUCUCGAGCUGGAGUCCCUGGCCUGCCUCCUUGACGUAGGUGUUCUCAGCAAGCAGUUUGCAUCCCACUGUUUUUCCCACACUUGCCCUCAAGACUUUUGAUAGAGCAGACAAAACAGGACUUGAAAAACCAUUUUUCUUUAUUCUCGUAUGCAGUAAGUUUUGAUUCAGUUGUGCAUAGAUCGUUUUCUGCCCUGCUGUUUGCUUUCAAUGGAAGACAGUAAGGGGAAGAUGGUGCUCACGUCUCUCCUAGUUGCAUCUCAUUAGGAAUUAAGAUGCAAUGGAUUAGAAAUAUAAAACUUCAGAAUAAAAUUAAAUUAGAGAUGUAAAACUUCGGAAUAAAAUUAACUUUUAGGGUUCUAUAAGUCCCUUUUUCCUGGGUCCUGUUACCUUUCUACACAGAUAACCCAAUUUGUUUUGUCUUUAAAUAAAUGUCUUUAUUGGGUUGUUUUAGAGUCUCUCCAGCAAAAGAACAGAUUCCUAAAGCCAGAUGCAGCACCAUGAAAAGUUUCUUUUAAUAUGACACCAAGAGUCUACCAUUUAUGUCUCUCUCAGCUUACAAACAUCAGGGAUUCGUCCUGUCUUAGUGGAAGAAAUACACUUAUUUUGAGCCUUGGGGACAAAUGUGACAAACCCAGACUUUUAUCUUAACAGCAUCUUUAGCACUUAUCUUGGCACUGAAAUGAUAUUUGGAUCACAUUAUUUGAAUGUACAGUUGUUUGGUUUUGCACGUGCUUAUAAUUUAUCUGAGCCUUCACUUCUGGGCAUGGCCUUUUGUUGUGAAGUUGCUCAUCAUUUAGGAGUGUUUAAUUCUAAAAAGCCCUCAGCCUAAGAAAGCUUCAUCUGUGGGGACCAGAGACUGUUGCUUAGGGAAUUAGUGAGACUUGGGCAUCUGAUCUCCAGGUGACAAGUUUAAUUCAACUGAAUUUGUAGGGAAUUUAGACAGUUGCCCAUCUUUGCCAUUUAGGGGCCUUGCAGAAAGAUAUGAUAGUUGCUUUUUAUUUGCCAGCACCCCUCAGUUAUAGAGACAAUGGAACAUUCACUUACUUUCCAUCAUCAUUCUUCAAAAGGAAUGUACAAAAAUCUAAACUUUGGCAAUAAUUUCUUUUUAUAAUAGUUUACCGUAGGCUUUAAUUAAAUGGCAAACUCCUCUGGGACCCUUAAGUUAUGAUGUGAUUAACCAAAUUUGAUUUCCAAGUCAUUUACGAACGUAGAGUGCAUGAUGCCAGCAAAGAUGAGGGUGGGGGCAGAUACUGGUUCAGUGAUUUAACUCACAUUAUAGAUGACCCCUUCCUCAACAGAAAUGCUACUGAGAGAACCAGAGAGGCCUGGGCCAAGCAGAUCUUACUUGAGAGGAGAUUAUUUGAUAGUUGCUUUGGUUAGAAGGACUUUACAUUUCUGGGUUUCAAGUCCAGCACCAAUUUAGAAAGUUCAGAGAUGAAACCACCUGUCUUUAUCUGAUAGAGUCAUAACUGUUUGUGCAGAAAUGUGGCCAGGGACCUUUUUUGUUCUUUCUGAUUAGUUAAUACUGUACUUUGUAACCAGAAGGGGCAGUUUUGCCAACCAGCCUCUGCUCAGGGUCACCAUAUGUAUAUGACAAGGCCUGAGUGAGUUCCUGCAUAAACUGGGCGGUGAGCUCUUUUGAGACAUUUGCAAGCAUGGAAAUAAAUGAAUGACUCUACCAGGAACCAUCUGUACAAGUCCAUUUACUUACAUUCAUAAGGUUUAUUCUAUGAAGCUUCUUCUCAUUGUGAUGUCAAUAACAGAGUUACUGUCUCUGAUGGAACAGUGUACCUGUCAUUCAAGUUAUUUUGUUCCCUGUUGGGUCCUCCAGUAUAAUCCCCCCAUCCCAAUUAACUGUAAAAUGUUUUCUUUUACACAUUACAUUUUUUAUGCCGUAAACCUGGAAAAUAAAUUGAAAUCUCAAA